AUGAUAAUUGACAAGCGGGUGUUUAGCGAAGCUCUUCCUGCCUCCAGACAUCUCUUCUGGAUGUGUAGGAAAUCUCCGAUUCUUUUUUUUAUUUUCCUUCUGAUCCCCAAUUUUUUUUCUAUAAGUUCGACCAAAGCUCAGCUAGCGGAGCGGGAUGAAGGCCACCAUAUAACCAAAGUGAAUAUAUCGACUGAGAAUCCUCAGGAGGAGACUGUUGAGCUGACAAAACACUUUAACGUCGAUAGCAAUACUGUUCAAGAAGUCAGCUUCCUACUGGACAAACUAAAGAGAUUGGCUCACCAUGAUUACUUUGGGCCCAGAGGAGGGCAUGAUGUAAGUACAAAGAAAAGGCUCGCCUAAUCUUAUAUUAGUUUGAUGUAGAUGCCCAGAAAAAUACAAACACGGCUCCAUUAGCUUCGUAUCUUUUUGAAGGUGACAUCUUUCUCAGUCAUCAACAAGCUCAUGCAAUUCUCGCCAGAUUUGAAAGGGAAAGAUCCACAAGGUCCCUCAGUAGUGAGGAUGGGGCCCUGUGGAUCGAAUUCCCCAUCAGAUAUCGUUUUCAUGAUUCCCUAGGUACGUGAGUCUAAUCCUGCAAUGGCUCAGAUCUUGUAACCGUUCAGAAAAUAAUUGCUGCCAUCGAAUACUGGGAAUCCAACACCUGUAUUACUUUUGAACAUAAUGAUGAUGUCGACAGUGGAGAUUUUAUUGAGUUCUUCAAGGGACAAGGAUGCUAUUCCAUGAUCGGGAAGUAUGGGGGACGGCAAGGGAUUUCUAUCGGAGCGGGAUGUGAAAGAGUAAGAUUAAAAAUUGUAAUUUCUUUUCAUCAAUACGUGCAUUAAACGUCUCAUUGAACGAUCUCAUUUAAGCCUGGAGUUAUUCAACACGAGAUUGGACAUGCCCUGGGACUAUGGCAUGAGCAAUCAAGACCAGAUGCAGAUGAAUACAUAGAAUUCGAAAAAGAUUUCAUUCUCCCAACAUAUAUGAGUGACUUCCAACAACGAGGAAACGAUGAGAUUACAACCUUGGGUAUCCCUUACGACUACGGAUCUGUAAUGCAUUACGGCCCUACUGCUUUUUCCAUAGAUGGGAAAAGUUUUACAUUGGUUACCAAGGAAAAAUUGUACCAACAUACGAUCGGGCAACGCGAGAAACUGGCAUUCUAUGACAUCGCUAUCAUCAACCGAGCUUAUUGUAACGGUGAGCAAUUCAAAGUGAGGGAAAAUUAAUUUUAGAUCGGUGCGAUAAACAAAGCAAACGAAAUCGUUGUGCUAAUGGUGGGUACCCUCAUCCACAACAAUGUGAUAAAUGCUUAUGCCCUGAAGGCUAUGGAGGAAAGAAUUGCAAAGAAAAUGAAAAAUCUCUAAGUAAGUCUUUUUUGGCUCGCUGCGUCAGCCUCUGCUAGGGUCGGACAUAAGGAAAUUAUUUUUUUUUUCAGUUGUCUAUCUAAAAUGUUGGUAUAGGUCAUUAAAACAUGUUCCCAAAAUUGUUUUGCGAUUAUGAAGGACGGUGACUUCAAAAAUCCAAUAUUUGUAGGAUUAAUGUAACAUAAUUUUUCUGAUCUCAGGUCAAUAAAAAUCGACCAUAAAAAACCGAAACCCGGGUGGUCAGAUUACUAGGUUUCCUCAAAAUCCACUGCGCCAUGAAACCUCAAAUUUUAAUUUACUUAAAAGUACAUAUACCUAUACCAGAACUCUAUGGUGGUUGAAAAUCUGCAAUAAAAUCUUGUGGGAUUUUUGGUUUGAAGAAGAUCUGGUCGAUUUUUAUCGACCGGAGAUCAGAAACAUUAUGUAACAUUAAUCCUAAAAAUUUGAAAUUGUGAUUUUUGAAGUCACCGUCCUUCAUAAUCUACGGACAGUCGGUUUUGUGAAGUUUUCUUUAUUGCAACGGGAGCAGCAGAGAUCAGGAGGACGGUAACAGCUGUAUGCAAAUUUCCACCUUCCGGGUAGAAUUCGGCAAACGAAUGGAAGAAAGGUUUAGUGACCUAUACCAACAUUUUAGGCUACUUUAGAAUAAUUUUCUAAAUAUCCUCGUCUGACACAGCAAGCCGAAAAUAGUCUUUUAAUACAAUACAAAUGAUACUAUGUGUUUUAGACACAGAAUGCGGCGGAAUAAUUCGGUUGGAUGACGAGGAAAUUGCGUUGGAAUCACCGGGAUAUAAGGAUCAAGAAGACUAUGGGGAAAAUCAGAAAUGUAGUUGGAUAAUAAACACCUCCAGAAACAAAAUAAUCCAAGCAGAAUUCGUAGAGGACUUUGGACUUUUUUGCAGCACAGUAUGCUUGGAUUAUGUUGAAAUUAAAAUUUCUGACGACAAAAGGAAAACGGGAGCUAGAUUUUGUUGCUAUCAUAAACCGGAAGAAAUAUUCACAUCAGACACCAACCAAAUGGUGGUCGUCUUCAGAUCUCAGGUGUCUCAAGACGUUGGGUUCAAGAUGAAACUCAAGGCCGGCAAGUGAAUCACUAAAAUCUAGAAAAACCUAAAAUUUUCAGUCGAUCGGUCUUCAAUCGCGACAACAGAGGCUACCGUCACAACCACGAAAAUCCCUACCACUGUCAGUGGAGUUGACAUCUGGAGUGAUUGGGGAUCCUGGACGAAAUGCUCCAGAAGUUGUGGUGGAUGCGGGAUUCGGUCACGAAAAAGAACAUGCCAAACAACUACUUGCACGUAAGUGGGGACUCAGUUUUACCCCUACUUUCAGGGGCCGAAACCAAGAAUUCUCAACUUGUAACAUGCAAGCAUGCCCUCAGGACAAAGGAUGUGGCAAGACCAUCAUCAUUUCAACAAAAUGUGACAUCACGGAUCCGGUGUGCAAUGCAUUAUCAAGGAGAGCCAAGGAUUGUAAUUCCAAGGCGUGCUGUCCCCCAUUCUUACCCGAGAAAGGGAUCUGCCAAAACAUCGACAAGGAACCCAUCCAAUUCGGAUAA